CAGGGCUGCUUAAAAAAAGCCUCCUGCAGGUGAAGAACAGAUCAGAAGCAAGAUAAGGACAUCGUAGUGAAACUGAAAGUACAGUAACUGUAUAAGUACAGCUUCUCUGUGUGUUCACGCCAAAGAGAGGACAGAGGAGCACAGAGUCACAGCUCUCCCAUUCCAGUUUGAAGAGGACUAUCAGACGAAGAAACAGGAACAAUGGGUUAUGCAGACAUCAUGGAUGUUGAAGCUACUGGAGCUUCUUGGCAAACUGCUCAGCAGGACAGGCUGGGAUACUCAGGUGUGAGGGCAUCAGAAACCAUGGCAGAGACUGACAGAGGCAGAAUGGGAAGGUACAAGUCGAAGAUUAACAGAGUGGGAAAUGACACUGGAAUCGAUCCAGCUCUCAUUGCUGGCAUCAUCUCCAGAGAGUCCAGGGCUGGAAACGCACUGGACGGAGGCUGGGGAGACUCGGGUAAAGCCUGGGGACUGAUGCAGGUUGAUAUAACUAGCACUGGAGGUAGACACACUCGACAGGGCGAAUGGGACAGUGAGGAACACAUCCGCCAAGCCACUGGGAUCUUGGUUUAUUUUAUUCAACGAAUCAGCGAAAAAUUUCCAAACUGGAGCAGAAAGGAGCAGCUGAAAGGAGGGAUAGCAGCCUACAAUAUGGGGGAUGGAAAAGUCACAUCCAAAAACGUAGAUGAAAGGACAACAGGUGGAGACUACUCCAAUGAUGUUGUUGCCAGAGCUCAGUGGUACAGAAGAAAUGGCUUUUGACAACUGAAGCUGUCCACAACAAGAGUCUUAUAAAGAAUCUCCUGAUAAUGAUCAAUGAAUUGCUGUAAUAUGCAUCCUAUGUCAAAGAGAAAUGAAAUAAACACAAUACAAAAUCUCAAAUGA